CCUUAGGUACCUGGGUACCCUCCUAGGAGGUACCCAAGGUGAUGGAGUUGCGUAGCAUUCAUUCAAUCCAGCCGCAAUCUCCUGCCAGCCUGCUUCCUCUCCUCUCUAAACUACUGCGAAUUCCCAACUGCGAACUGAGAGACACGGGAGACAGAGGAGCCUACCGCAUUCCCAGCUGCCACCACAUCGCCCCCUCUCUGGGAAUUAAUAGGCAGACCCGACUUGCCCGUUGCGGAAACUUGUCCCCUGGACGAUACUCCAAAUUCUCAUAGCUCGAGUAACCCGCGCGGGCGUCCCCGAGACUCCGGGGGUGGCGGGGGCACCCUUUGCGAAUCACACCACCCUCAUGUCUUUGCCGAUACCGCGUCCGGCCGAGUUCUAGAAGACGAAGACCUGCAGUAUGUCCCGUCGCAAACUCGGCGGAGGGAGAAUCUUGGGUAGCGGGAAGGGUCUCGCCCCCCCCGCUCCCGCUUUGGCCCAGAGAGAGCGAGCCGCGAGCCCGUCUGCUCCGUCCGAAAGUACCUUGUCCAUCGACUCGCCCGCCGCUUCUUUCUCCCCUGGCGCUCCGAGCCCCCUACGCGACCUCUCCCAAGAUGUGACCUCGAACAUAAGCCUGGGCGGACCGAGCAGCAGCGGCCAAGCCGGACCCAAGCUCGUGUGUCCCAUCUGCAACGACGAGAUGUUGACCCUCCUUCAAUUGAACCGGCACAUCGACGACGCCCACCAGGAGCUUCCCGAACUCGAGCAGGACGAAGUCAGAUCUUGGAUAGACAAGCAAGUUCUCCGGGCAAAGAAAUUCCAACCACUCUCGCUCAUCAACCAGACUCUUCGGGGUCUUGAAGUCUUCGAGUCUAACGAAUCGCCGCCGGCUCCGCCGCCUACCGUGGGGAGGACGGCCAGACCCCCGGUCCCCGAAAGGCCCGUAGAUCCCGACGAUAUAAUCACCAAAUCACAUUGGCAACGACCGGGCCUAAGCGAUCUGUGCACAGAUCCCGCGUGUGGAAAGAGAUUAGGGGCUGUCAACGGCAACAUCAAUUGUAGACAAUGUGGGCGAUUAUUCUGCGAGGAACACACCAUGUACCAGAUGAAGCUAUCAAGGUCGGCGUCGCACGAACCUGUGAGGGGUCAUUGGUAUAGGGUGUGCGAAACCUGUUACAAGUCGAGAGAAGGGUAUAACGACCGCAACGGGCUGGUCCGGGACCACACCCAAGAUUUUGUGGCGAUACGUAGGAAGAGAGUCGACAGACAGACGCUCGAGACAUCGAGGCUAGAAAAGAGACUCACGAAACUGACCCAACUGCUCGCUAGCUCGUCUGAAGAGGCGGGCGCGAGCGGUGGGGGCACUCUACUGUCUCCCGUAUUGGCAGGCCAGAGGAACCAGCGGAAGGCGAUCGAACAAUCAGUGGUGACGUGGGAAGACGACGGGAAAGUGGCCAACUGCCCCUUCUGCCACCAGGACUUUUCGUGGACGUUCAGGAGGCAUCAUUGUCGGGUAUGCGGGCGGGUGGUAUGCGCCGAUCCCCAGACCGCGUGCUCCUCCGAAGUAGGUCUAGACGUCGCGCACCCCACCGCUCCCGCCUCCGAGAAGUUGGAACGAGGUCACUCCAUCAGUGUCGACAUUCGCUUGUGCCGCGACUGCAAAUCCAGCAUCUUCUCACAUCGUGAUUUUGCCGAAUCCGUCGCGCACAAAUCGCCCGACCAACGGGCCUACGAGACGUUGAAACAGUUUGAACGCGGCAUUGAGCUGUUGCUACCCGCCUUCCAGAGGACACUUUUGCCUCUACAGGACGAGAACAACCCGCCGAGUCACGCGCAAAUCCAAGAGGCCUCUAAAAUCAGGAAGCGGCUCACCGAUAGCUUCACUAAGUACGAUGUGGCGGCUCGGCGGAUCCGCGACAUGAAGACGGAGAGUCCCACGCAACAGCAUCUACAAAAGGCCAUACACCAAGCAGCAUCCUCGUUCCUCCACAUGCACAUGCUGCCGCUCAAGAACCUGCCACGGAUACUGAAGCACAGUAGCUCGGGUUCGAGCUCGGCCAAGAACCGCUUGCUCGCCAACGGGCACGUGGCAAGCCCGCUGAGGAACGGCGACUUGCUCGAAACAGCCAGUCAGACCAGCGAGGGCAGCACGGUCGUAUCUACCUUGGAAACAGAGGAGAAGGAGCUGCGCGAGCGGCUGAUCGUGCUGGAGGAGCAGCGAUACAUAGUUCAAACCAUGAUCAACAGCGCGCACGGCGCCAGGCGAUUCGAGGAGGUCAGCGCCCUAACGCGGAACAUCGAAGAGCUCGACGUAGAGAUCGAAAGCGUAAGGGUCAAGGUAGCCGCUGUUGAGGACAGGUGGCAAGGCCUGUACGCGAACGGGGGCCCGGGGCUGGUUUCGUAAGGUAGUAUUCCUCCCGAGUUCCCGCGGCCCCGAAGCGGUCGCCGAGUCUACGGGAUCGAAAGAGACAUAGACAGGCCAGAGCAAGAAGGGGAUGGCAGAGCAGAAGAGUUGGCGCGGAAAUAGGAGCGGGUGUACCACGCAUGCCAUUUAUUUGUACAAUACUCGACUUCUGCAUCGUAUGGCGUUGAUUGGGUAUAUAGGCGGCUAGCGGACACGUGAGAGGCAUCUACGUGUACAUUGGACCGCAUUACCUACCUGGUUCUUUUCUUUUUACGAAGUUGAACCCGCGAGCUAAUGCGAAAGACGUUAUUUUUUGA